CCCCCCCCCCAUGUAACUAUUAAAGAGGUUGCUAGGGCAACCAAACAUAACAUGGUGAUAGCAGCAAAGAGAACGUUUCACGAAAAGUAAAAUUUUUUUAAAUAGAUAUUACCUGAAUUAUAUUUCCAACAGAACCUGGCUAGAAACUGUAAAUAUGUUUAAAGCAGAUUUGACUUUGGAUCAGCAAGAAGAGAAGACUUUGGAGGCCCGAAGGUCUGCAGAAAGAGCACGCAAAGCCCGGAUAUACAACACUCGUCUGCGUGUGAUGGGCCUCGACCUGGAGGCCCUGAACCAGCAAGUCCAGGAAAAGAAACACAGACAAAACUUGGAGAAGCAACGAGACAAGGCUUUUGAUGCAAUGAGAAGGAGGCAAGAUGAAGAACUUAUUCAGCAGGACAGCAAUGAGAAAGAGAAGCGAAAAGCUAUGCACAGGGACCUGACCCAGCACUGGGCAUCACAGCAGCAAGCAGAGCACUGUCGCGAUGACGACCUGAAGGGGGCGUUCAACAUUACAAUUCCAGAAUCAGAGCUGGGACCUGCCAGCAUGCAAACGUUUAAGGGAGAAGGUGUCGGAGAGGACCAGAGGGAGCAAAGAAGAAAAACAGAAAGAGAUUUGCAAGCCCAGAUGGAUGAAAAUAAACGAAGGGAGAUGAGAGCAAAGCACAAAGAGAUACUAGUAAACAAGGACCUGGUGCAUCAAGACUUAAGGGGGCUUCAGCAGGCUGCACUGGAGGAGGAUCGUAAGAAAGCUGCCCGCAUAGCGCUUGACAACUACAAUCAAGCCCUGGCUGCAGAGCGAGCUGAGUUCUUCAAGGAGCAGCACAGGAGAGAGGAGAGAGAGAACCUGGAAGAAAUGUGGCACACCGCAACAUCUGACAUGAUGACUGAGUGUCCAGAGCAAGCAGAGAGAUUUGUGGGAGGAGGGAGGCCACCACAGAUUUUGCCAGACAGGUGGAAGGGGAUGAGCCCAGAGCACCUCAGCCUUUUCCACAGAGAGAGAGAGCAACAGUGCCUUGAGAGACAGAGAAAACUUGGGGCUGAGCAGAUUAAAAAUAAAACCUGGGACCUGCAUCUCCUGAAACUAGCCAAAGAAGCAGAGGAAAAGGAGCAGAAAAUUGCAGAAUUAAGGAGGGAGAAGAGAAUGCAACUGGACCAAUACAAUAAGCUGCUGGCCAGGGAGCAGCAGGCAAAUCAGGAUUAUCUGGAAAAGGAGCUCUACACCAGCAAACCCACCAAGGACUACUUUUACCAGUUUAACACUAGUUCCCGCUGAACCACUCCCACCACAGGCUUGUCAAAAAUUUACUUAUAUCAAUAAAGAAUUGUAUUGUGUUGAACAUACAAGUUUAUGCUGUUGUUGCUGCACCUACUGCUAUAUAUUACAAAUAAUAAAAUAUUCAACAGUCGGGAGUGCAAUCAUUUUAUUUUAUAUAUUGCAAAGAUAGCUGAGGUGCUGCCUUAAGGUGUUGGCUUCAAUAUGGUAACGAAAAGAAAAAAGUUUAUGAGUAAAGAAUUAUAUUUGACUUUUGAAA